AUGAUCGGUGGAAAUGAAUUGGUGACUCCGGGAGAAUUCUCGGUUGGAGCGGCUAAACGCUAUGUUUCUAAGGGGGUUUAUCAUAGUAAUAAUUAUGUCAUUGAUUGGUGCAAGCUGGUUCCGCUAAAGUGCAAUGCCUUUGUGUGGAGAGCCGAAAUGGGAAAAAUUCCUAUGGCUCUUGCGUUGAAGAAUAGGAAUAUUGAUAGCGAUGAUCUGACAUGCCACAUGUGUGGGUCGGGAGAAUACAUUGUCAACCAUUUAUUUUCCAGAUGCAUCAUAGCGUCUCGGGUUUGGCAUCAUAUCGUGUUGUGGUGCAAGGUUCCUCCUUUUGUUACUAGCUCGACUAGAGAGCUUUUAGAAGUUCAUAAUGCGGUUGGGUUAUCUAAUACGGCAAAAGAAGUUUUCCAAGGGAUAGUGAGUGUGGGAUGUUGGAGUAUUUGGCGUUUGAAAAAUAAGCUCAAAUUUGAAGAUAAACAAGUUUGGGUUGAAGAUAUCUUAAGUGAGAUUAAAUCUAUCGGGUUUUAUGGAUUAGAAGUAGAUGUAAAUUGA